AUUACAGUUUUUUUUACGUAUCCUCGCUAGUCAGCCGAGUCCUUUCUGCUUCAAGCCUUCAAUCAUUGAAGUCCUCGUCUCAACUAGUCAACUGUCACUUCCACACUCUGUAUUCUGUAAAGUAGCUCAAGAACUAUUCUUACUCUCUUACUCAAAUUUCUAACCAGAUCCCAGUUUUGUGAAUUUGUACUAGAAAACCUCGGUUUUGUGGAUUCUCAGGAUUCUGAAAGUUCGUUUUCCAACUAAAAGCCCUCCAGAUACAACUACUAGAUGGGAGUGAUUAAGCCAACUAGUUGGAUAUCUUCUGUAAUUACUACAAAACGAUUUGAUAGUAAAAAAGUAAAGAAACCCUUCUUUGUGAAGACCUUGCCGUGGAAUGCUAAUCACUAUCAACAGCAUGGGUCAAGCCUCGGAAAUGGAUUGAGAUUUGUAAGGGUUAGAAAUUCUGGAGCAUUAAGUGAUGGACAGGCUCUGGAGUAUGAGUUAAGUUCUUCUGAUUUGGAGGAUGAGUUUGCUUCAACCAGAGAGAGAUUCAUUGGUGCAUCAAAUGAAGGAUAUGUUGCAUUGUCAGGUAACUCUGGUGAAGUAUUGUCCGCCCAUAGUGUCCAAAAUGAGCUCAUAAUGCUUUCUUUACCUGCUAUUGCUGGACAGGCAAUUGAACCUUUAGCACAGCUUAUGGAGACUGCUUAUAUAGGAAGGAUGGGCGUACUGGAGUUGGCUUCAGCUGGGAUUUCGAUAUCAAUAUUUAACAUCAUAUCAAAGGUGUUUAACAUUCCUCUGCUAAGUGUGGCAACUUCAUUUGUUGCUGAAGACAUCUCUAAGUCUGCUGAUGGAUAUUCUGCUACAGCUGAAAGGAAACAUCUCCCUUCAGUCACCACUGCCUUGGUGUUAUCUGCUGGAAUUGGGUUGUUGGAAGCUGCAGCAAUGUAUCUUGGCUCUGGACUUUUUGCAAGCAUGAUGGGUAUUCCAAUAACUUCACCUAUGCGCAUCCCAGCAGAGAAUUUUCUUAAACUUAGAGCACUUGGUGCCCCAGCAGUUGUACUUUAUCUUGCCAUCCAAGGCAUUUUUCGCGGUUUUAGGGAUACAAGGACCCCUGUAUUGUGUUUAGGGUUAGGCAAUCUUGCUGCUGCAUUUUUCUUUCCCAUAUUAAUGUAUAUUUGUCGACUCGGCAUAACUGGUGCUGGUAUUUCAACUGUUGCCUCACAAUAUAUUGUAGCCAUUUUGAUGUUAUGGCAUCUUAAUAAGAAGACAGUGUUGUUGCUACCAAGCAUGAAAAACUUGCAUUUUGGAGGCUACCUAAAAUCUGGUGGUUUCCUACUCGGGAGAACCCUGGCUGCUGUUUUGACAGUAACUUUGAGCACAUCAAUGGCAGCUCGCCUUGGAGCGAUUCCCAUGGCUGCUCAUCAGAUAUGCCUGCAGGUCUGGUUGUCUGCAUCCCUUCUCGCCGAUGCUCAAGCUUCGUCUGGUCAGGCUCUCAUUGCAAGUGCAUUCGCCAAACAGGACUUUAAUAGAAUCAAAGUGAUUACAGAAGUGGCAUUGAAGACAGGAUUAUUUACUGGUGUUUUGUUAGCCAUUGUAUUGGGGCUAUCUUUUCCUUCUAUUGCAAGGUUGUUCACCAAUGAUGCCCAAGUGCUAGGUAUUGCAAGAUCUGGGCUCCUGUUUGUCAGUGCCAGUCAGCCUAUCAAUGCACUUGCUUAUAUUUUUGAUGGUCUUCACUAUGGUGUUUCAGAUUUCCCAUAUGCAGCUUCCUCCAUGAUGGCAGUCGGGGCUAUGGCGUCUGCAUUUUUGCUUUAUGCGCCUUCGAUCAUUGGUCUUCCUGCAGUAUGGUCUGGAUUGACUAUUUUCAUGGGUUUGCGUACUAUCGCUGGGUUUUUUAGGUUGUCUGCAAAGGAUGGCCCGUGGUGGUUCCUACACGAUACGCUGAAGGAUGAGAUUGCAAUAUGACACAACACCUGCAUAAAGAGAGUUUUGGGAAGUAUCCUUGUGGUGAAACACAAAUCUUAUCACCUCCUGUUAAAAUUGUGAUUUAAAUUGUAAAAUUGUACGAGUUUAUGAUUUCUCAAAUAAAACAUAUUUGAACGGUAUGCAAAAUUGUACCCCGAAAAUCGCAAUACAUGAAUACAUGUUCAUUUAAAACUGUACCACAUCAUAGUAAAUUCACAAAAAUGACGUAUCGGUGUUAUUUAUUCUGAAAGUAAUCAGGAAUGGUGUUGUUCAGUUUUUCGUGCGUG